GGAAAAACAAACUGCAGUUUUUGCAUUUUUCUCCAAAAAAGACAUUAUAUUCGGCAACUGAAGCUUAUGAUUUCCAUAUAUUGCAGUGUUUUGUAUACUUUUUUCCCCUAAGAUCACGACACUUUCAUCUGCCGUCAUGAGGUUGACCUGUGACUUUGAUGUGAGCGAUCGUCUGCUGCCUUCGUUCAACAUGAAGAACAAGAAUCGUGCUGUCCGAGCUCAGCUGUCCGUUGGGUGUAAACCUGGUACGCCACAGCCCUGUCAGGAGGAGAAGGCCAUAUAUCUGUUGGUCUGCACAGCAAAGAACCGUGCUGGCAACAAGUAUCAACUCCGGAACAACAUUGAAAACUUCUUCACCAGAUUCAUCAAUGAAGGAAAAGCAACCAUCAGAUUGAAAAAACCCGAGCACGAUUUAAUCCUCAGCAAGGCUGAUCCCCUAAUCCUCAAGAGUUUCCUCUCUAUAGUUCGUAUGGCUUCUCUUGGUAAACCUCUAGAUCGAGGUGCCCUGUCCACUCUGGCUCCCGCCUCGGCCAAGCAAGUCGAAAAACCGAAAUCCAAGAUGGCGGUCUUAAAGAGAAAGGAUUACCCUGUCAAAGACGGCUUUCCAAAAACUCUUGAACAACUCGCAGUAAACAGUUGCAAUCUUCGUCGAUUUGACAACAGAAUGUUACAGUUGAAAAGCUUGAGGAUUCUUGACUUGAGUUGUAAUGUUAUCGAGUCUUUGCCCUCAGAUUUGGGGAAGCUAGCCACUCUGAAUGAAUUAAGACUUUGUGAUAACAAAAUAAGUGAUUUUCCAGUAAGCCUGAUGCAAGGCAGCCUUCAGACAUCCCUGCAUGUUUUGGAUUUGCGUCAAAACAAGAUCAAAGGACUCAAUCCCAUGUUUUCUAAUCUCUGCAACUUAGUCAAUUUAAAACUCGAUCAAAAUGAACUCGUGUGCCUCCCUCCUACUAUUGGGAAAUUACGAUCCCUGAAAUAUUUGACUGCCAGUAAAAACAAACUGAAACUUCUGCCAGCAGACUUUGCAAAACUGAGUUUGGAAAAUGUGGACCUGUUUGGCAAUGACUUUGUGAAGGAUGAAUCGACAGAUGUGACCGACAGGCUGGGAUUCCCGACUAUGGUUGAGUGUGCAGCAAGAGCCAUCAAGAAACUGAGAAUACCUUACACGAUGGAAGACGUCCCAGCUGAUUUAUAUCGCUAUCUCGACUCGGGUAAAGUGUGCGUCUGUGGACAAUGGUGCUUCAGGUCGUUUGCUAGAUUCUUGAACCAAAUCGAUCUACGUCUUCUCUCGCAUACUGUUGUUGGUUUAGAUAACACAGGAACGACGUACGCUCCUCUUGAAGGCUUCCUGUGUUCCCAAGUGUGCUUGAAUAAGUACUCUGCCAACCCGUCUGCCUUUUGGAAAUUGGCGUCACGAUGAAGACAUCUAAUCUGUUGUUGACUUAAUUAAAAGGUAAUUUGCAUGCGGAUGAUUCAUUUUGCAUGACUUUCAUGGGAAAAUAUCAGACGCUACAAAGGAUUAUACUCAAAAACAUCAACUUUUGUUUAUAUUCUGAGUGGCAGCACCACAGCUUUUUUGCUACUUUGAACCGGGAAAUAGUUGCCGCUAUUAUAUUUUGCAGUUUUGUUACAUUGCAACGUCGAGUUUGACGUAUUUUUCAUUUCGCAUUUUGACAACCAUUUAACAGUUGUUUCUAUUAUUUUGUUCUGUGCAGCGUUUUUUACAUUUUCCCUUAUUUUGUUGGUCUCCGAAAAGGCCAAAUUAAAAACACAUGCAAUAUUUUCCCAGUUAAAAGUAUAUUUCAAUCAGGUAGUGCUGCUACUUUGAAUGUGGUGACUACUUCUGACUUUGUUUUCAUUCAGAAUUUUGCUUAAGGAAUUAACACCGCAUUUUCUGUUUCAUUAGAAAACUCUGUUGAAACUAAUUUUGCAUGUACAGUAGAACCUCUCUAUUAAGGACACCCUGGGGACUGACAAGUGCUGUCCUUAAUAGAGAGGUGUCCUGAUUAGAGAGGUCAAAUUGAAUGGAAACAACCAAUUUGGGACCAAUACUAGUGUCCUUAAUAGAGAGGUUGUCCUUGAUAAAGAGAUGUCCGCUAAGGGA